GCUUUCUGUUUGACUGUUCAAACCAUCAUCAUGGUCCGCGUCGCUGUGCUGGGUGCUGGAUGCAUCGGAAAUUACGUGAUUGGCUCGCUUGUCUAUGGGUCGCUUCAAAGUCCACCUGGCGAGCAGAUCGAGGCAAUCCUCGUUGGUCGUGAUCGCCUCAAGAAAGCCGUGGCAGAGCGCAACGGACUGGCCUUGUCGAGCUAUCUGCAGCGCGCAGAUCAGGCUCCGCUCCAGGUGCCAUUAAAGCGGUCGGGACAGGCCGGGAUUUCAGUCAUCACCGACAUUCAGCUCCUCGUGCGCGAGCACCUGGAUGCCGUCUUCAUUGCAGUCAAGCUCGCAGAUACUGCUGCUCUGAUCCCCGUGCUGAAGCAGCUUCCAACAAGCGUGCAGAUCAUCACGUUGCAAAACGGCGUCCAAGGCAUCGCUCAGCUGCAAGAAAUGCUACCCGAGCAUGUGAUUGUUGCGGGCAGUGUGCCGUUCAAUGUCCGAGAGAGCGGGCCUGCUGCCUACCAUCAAGGAUCGUCGGGAGCGCUGUGCUUUGAACAAACGUUGGACCCGAGACUCCGGGCUGCGUUUGCUCGCGCACCGCCUGGCGUGGCCAACCCAAACUACUACGACCGGUCUGGCAUUAUGAGCAUCCUUUACGGCAAGCUCGUCAUCAAUCUGAACAACUCUCUGAAUGCACUGACCGGCAUUCCUCUGCGCGACCAGUUCCUGAGCAAGAGUCUCCGCCGCAUCCUUAGCUUUAUGCAAACCGAGGCCUUGGCUGUUCUCGCUGCUGCCCGUAUUCCCACAAAGGCAUUUGUGCCCGUCCCCUUGUGGGUCGUGCCGUGGGUGCUCUGUCUCCCGGAUUGGCUCUUUCCAAUCGUCUCGGCGACAUCAAUCAAUAUUGAUCCCACCGCCCGAAGCUCCAUGUAUGACGACCUCACUUUACAUCGCAAGACUGAGUUGUCCUUUUUGAAUGGAGAAAUCCAGCGACUCGCUCGAUUGCAUGGCAUCGCAACACCUGUCAUUGACAAGAUUUCAGAGCUUGUUUGCGCUGCCGAAGCCGCCAACGCGGGCUCGCCGCAAAUGUCCAGCGAUACCCUGGUUGCAGAGUUGCGAGUAGUAGCUCCAGGCAAAUUUUGAUAUUGCGACUUUUUGCUCAGCUGUGGUACCUCUAUGUGAUGCACGUGUGAAUAAAGUUGUCGACUUGUG